UCGGGGACCGACAAUUUUCAUGCGAAUCCCAUCCUGUUCUAUGCUUUUCAGCACAGCCAGAAAAGGGGGAAAAGAAAAUAAUGAAUCAUAAUUUAGCUUGAAGCAGAUGUCUUUGAAUAUUGGGAACCUGUUUCGACAUCUAGUGCACCUUCUGCUUCAUAAAUAGACAUAUCCGUCCCUUAAUUUCUCCGCCCAUUUCCUCUCAACCUUCGUUAGUUUUAAGGUCGUGGAAGGAAAUCAUGGAUGCCUUCUCUUCUUCUUUCCUCUCAAACCAGAAUUUGCUCUUUUACUCUUCUAGGACACUGAUCAAGCCACCUCCCCUGACCCAUCUUCCCUCCAUUUCCUCUGUUAGGAUUGAAGAGAAGCCCAAAACUACUACGCCGAGCCCCUCGUCCACACCGCCGCCUCCUCCGGCCUCGUUUCCCCGGAAGCCUGACUCUCCAGCUGGCGCUAAACCGCUGCUCACAAGGUCUCGGACCAGGCACGAGCCGCCGCUUUCAGUGGCUAUCUUUAAUGCACUGGAUGACAUCAUUAACAACUUUGUAGAUCCUCCAGUGAAGCCAUCUGUAGACCCGAGGCAUGUGCUGUCAGACAACUUCGCCCCCGUGGAUGAGCUUCCUCCGACCGAAUGUGAAGUUGAGUUUGGUCCCAUCCCAUCGUGCCUCGAUGGGGCAUAUAUCAGAAAUGGGCCGAACCCGCAGUUCCUUCCUCGAGGGCCAUAUCACCUUUUCGAUGGGGAUGGGAUGCUCCACUCGAUCAGGAUCUCCAGGGGCCAGGCCAACCUGUGUAGCCGUUAUGUGAGGACCUACAAGUACUUAACCGAGAGAGAGGCCGGGUCGGCACUUUUGCCGAACGUCUUCUCAGGCUUCAAUGGGCUCACGGCCUCAGCAGCCCGCGGGGCCCUCUCUGCAGCACGGAUGCUUGCAGGCCAGUUUAACCCUGCUAAUGGCAUCGGCCUUGCUAACACUAGCCUCGCCUUCUUUGGGAACCGCCUUUACGCCCUUGGGGAGUCGGAUCUUCCCUAUUCCAUGAAAGUGACACAAAGCGGAGACAUCGAGACUCUGGGUCGCCAUGACUUCGAUGGGAAGUUGUUCAUGAGCAUGACAGCUCAUCCGAAGAUCGACUUGGAGACCGGCGAGGCCUUUGCCUUUAGGUAUGGACCGAUUCCCCCAUUUCUGACUUAUUUUCGCUUUGAUCCUGAUGGAGUGAAGCAAGCCGAUGUGCCAAUCUUUUCCAUGACCCACCCAUCGUUUCUCCAUGACUUCGCGAUCACAAAGAAGUACGCUAUCUUCAUGGAAAUUCAGAUAGGUAUGAACCCUAUAGAAAUGAUCUUUGGAGGUGGGUCUCCUGUCGGGGCGGACCCCGGUAAGGUGCCAAGGAUAGGGGUCCUCCCAAGGUACACUAGUGAUGAGUCGCAGAUGAAGUGGUUUGAGGUGCCGGGAUUUAACAACAUACAUGCGAUCAAUGCCUGGGAUGUUGAGGAGGAGGACACGGUGGUCAUGAUCGCCCCGAACAUCAUGUCAGUGGAGCACACCUUGGAGAGGAUGGAACUCAUUCAUGCACUGGUUGAGAAGGUCACGAUCAAUUUAAAAACCGGGUUCGUGUCCCGGCAGCCCCUCUCAGCCAGGAACCUCGACUUUGGCGUAAUUAACCCAAGGUACACAGCAAGGAGGAACAGGUUUGUUUAUGCUGCCGUGGGGGACCCGAUGCCUAAGGUGUCGGGUGUGGUGAAGCUUGAUGUGACAAACGCCGACCGUAAGGAGUGCAUCGUGGCGAGUCGUAUGUUUGACCCUGGGUGCUUCGGGGGCGAGCCUUUCUUUGUAGCCAGGGAACCGGACAAUCCGGAGGCUGAGGAGGACGACGGGUAUGUGGUUUCUUACAUUCAUGAUGAGAACACAGGGGAGUCGAGGUUCCUAGUCAUGGACGCGAAGUCACCUGAGCUCGAAGUCGUGGCAUCGGUGAAGCUGCCCCAGCGGGUGCCCUACGGGUUCCACGGGCUCUUCAUCCGGGAAAGCGACCUCAAUAAGCUCUAGGCCACAUGACUCAGAAACCUGACCAAAAAUCUACGGUUGUAAGGUCAAAUUAAUGAUUGGCAAUUAGAUCGUGGCGGGGUUUAGAUUAAAACAAAAUCCUGCUUGAGACCAUAGAAGUGUAGUUGCAUACACUGAAAAUUUAUGUCGACAAAGUAUACGGCUUUUAUUUUGUAAAUAAAUUAUACGGAUUAUGCAUUCAUAUAGAAGUUACUAUAGAUUUAAUUUAUGGCGUGUGCCUACCUUCAUUGCAAAGAUUAUUAUUUUGGC